ACAGACUCAACAUAUCACCAACACCACAUGCGUCGCGUUUGGGACAUUUUUACAUAAUCAUUCGAAUUAAUGCGGGAAUUAGCCUACGGCUGUUUGUUUCUUCUGAUACACACCAAGGACCAGUAGAAGAUACAGAGGAGAGUGACAGUUCUAGCGUUCAGCGCAGUUCUCCAAGUGCGUAAAACAGAAAUGUUGGAGAGGAUGAUCGCGCAACACUCGACUUAAAUCCACGCAACAGCCACAGACAAACUGGUAAUUUCCACAUUAUUGCAAUGGGCGGUGAAAGCUCCAGAAUAUAUUGUUUUCCUAAAGUUGGCAUCUCUUGAAAAACAACGGAUCCCUUUCUUUUGAAUCUGUGAAAGAAAAGCGCAGCAAAGGUGUUGGUUACUGUAUGGCAAUAGAAUGGAGAUGUGGUGUGGAUGCUGAAGGCAGUCAGGAUGCUGAUGCUGAGAGUUGCGUGGGCUCUAGCGGGAGCGGCGAUCUGCUGUUUUCUCAUCAUUCUCAUCCACUCUCACUUCCUACGAGAAGGACAACUGGCAGCAGGCACCUGUGAGAUUGUCACUCUAAACAGAGACAGCAGUCAGCCACGCAGGACGAUUGCCAGACAGACGGCCCGCUGCGCAUGUAAGAAAGGACAGAUUGCUGGGACAACGAGAGCAAGGCCGGCCUGCGUGGAUGCUCGCAUCGUGAAGACCAAGCAGUGGUGUGACAUGGUGCCCUGUCUAGAGGAUGAAGGCUGUGACCUGUUAGUAAAUAAAUCAGGCUGGACUUGUACACAGCCCAGCGGCAGAGUGAAAACUACAACGGUAAAUCCAUGACACACGAAAAAGGUGGGGGGAGCAAAUUAGUCUACCAGAGGU